AUAAUGCAAUUUUUUUGUGUAAUUGUGUUAUAUAUUAGUAAGCCACAAAUUAACAAUAGCGUGAACAAAACAUUGUUUUGUAAAAAUAAAUUAAAAAGAACAUACUCUUAUAUUAGAAUACUAAAAAAAAAGAAAUGAGUGAAUCAUUUUCAGAUAACGGAAAUUUAAAUCAACAUCUCGAUGAAGAACCCGAAAAAGUGAACGUUUUCGAGAAGGUUGAUUCAUUCGUCUUCUUUAUGGAUUCUCUGAAAGAACAACUUAAAUCUAUACGUCGGCAAUUUAAAAUUUUAUACUACAAUUAUCUUAUGAAACUAGAACAAAGUCAAGAGGAUGAUAAAUUUAAAUCAUUUGAUGAAGUAGAUGAAAUAUAUAAAAAAGUAAAUAAAAAAUUUUACAAUUUUAUGAAAGUAUUUGUGAAAGAUUACGCCGACGUGUUGGACGCAGCAAUUGAAAUAGGAACAUUGGAAUAUAAAUAUUAUAAUUUAAUUAGAGAAAACAUUACGUCUGUUGGUAAUUUAGAUAGUAAUCAAUUGUAUAAUUUCAAAAAUCAAAUCGAUAUUAUAAAUAAUCGAUACAACACUUUAUCCGAUUUUUAUAACCAGCAAGUAAUAAACUUUUGGGAUAUACUAAUGCAUUAUUUGCAGAGAAAUAUUUUAUUGUAUACAUCGAUAUCGGGAAAAAAAUUUGUGUUGAAAAUCGACGAUAAAUUAAGUCAAUUAAAACGUUUAAUUGGAACUGAUGGUAUUGGAAGUAAAUUACGUGAUAUUUACAAUAACUUUAAUCUUACAUUACGCAGUGAUAUUCCUCGAUUAAUUGAAGCCAGUAAUAUAUUACCAAUAACUCCAUUGACGCCAUUAGGUGACGCUUCGAAUCAACAACCAGCGCCAUCUAGCGCCGAUGAUUUGAACGAUGAACGAAGAUCGGCAAGACGCGAAGCUAGUAGCGAUGCAGCAACUGAGAAUAGAGUCGAAUAAUAAAUCACGACCA